AACCGCUUAAGACACAUAGGAGCACAAUGAAGCUCAGUGUUGACGGACUGCUCGUUUAUUUUCCCUAUGAAUAUAUUUAUCCUGAGCAAUAUGCAUACAUGCUGGAGCUUAAGAGAAGUCUGGACGCCAAGGGGCACUGUCUACUUGAGAUGCCCUCGGGCACUGGAAAAACAGCAACAUUACUCUCCCUGGUAGUCGCCUAUAUGAUUGAGCAUCCGGAAACAGUUCGCAAGCUGAUUUAUUGCUCACGUACGGUGCCGGAGAUUGAGAAAGUUAUUGCCGAGUUGCAGAACCUAAUGGCAUACUAUGAACGCAAUGCCCUCGCAGCGCCAGGCUUUACCGGCCUGGUGCUUAGCUCACGUAAAAAUUUGUGCAUUCAUCCCGAGGUGAGCAAGGAGCGCGAGGGCAAGGCGGUCGAUGGCAAGUGCUAUGGGCUAACUGCUAGUUACAUACGCGAACGCCAUGAACUGGAUGCCGAGGUGCCCAUAUGUCAGUAUUUUGAGGGCUUCACAUUGGAGGGCAAGGAAUCGACACUGCCCGUGGGCGUAUAUAGCAUCGAUGAUCUUAAAGAAUAUGGACGGUCGAGAAAUUGGUGUCCGUACUUUUUGGCACGUUACGCUAUUGCACACGCCCACAUUGUUGUCUACAGCUAUCAUUAUCUACUGGAUCCAAAGAUCGCCCAGGUUGUCUCCAAGGAAAUGACACGCGAGUCCUGUGUGGUUUUCGAUGAGGCUCAUAAUAUAGACAAUGUAUGCAUCGACUCCAUGAGCGUGAAAAUAAAUCGAAGAACAGUUGAGCGCAGUACUAACGCCUUAAAUCAGCUCACAAAAUUGGUGCAAGACAUGCGGGAUGAGGACACCAAUCGUUUAAAUGAGGAAUAUCAGCGCAUGGUGCAGGGCCUCAAGGAUGCUAGCGUACAGCGUGAUACGGACAUGAUUCUGGCCAAUCCGGUGCUGCCCAACGAUGUGCUCACAGAGGUCGUCCCAGGCAAUAUACGGAAUGCGGAUCAUUUCCUUAGUUUUCUACGUCGUUUUAUAGAAUACAUUAAAACUCGACUGCGUGUGCAUCAUGUGGUGCAGGAGUCCCCAGCGGGAUUUCUCAAAGAUGUAUCAUCUAAAAUCUGCAUAGAGCGCAAACCUCUGCGCUUCUGUGCGGAGCGCUUGUCCAGUUUGUUGCGCACCCUGGAGAUUACCGAUAUGACGGAAUUCGGUGCCCUGACGCUGAUAACGCACUUUGCCACAUUGGUCUCUACGUACACGAAAGGGUUUACCAUCAUCAUUGAGCCGUUCGAUGACAAGACGCCGACUGUUUCAAAUCCCAUAAUGCAUUUCAGCUGCUUGGACUCAUCCAUUGCCAUGGCGCCAGUCUUCUCACGGUUUCAAACGGUUGUCAUCACAUCGGGCACGCUGUCGCCCAUGGACAUGUAUCCUAAGAUUCUGGACUUUGAUCCAGUUGUUAUGAGUAGCUUUACCAUGACCCUGGCUCGUCCCUGUCUGCUGCCUAUGAUUGUCUCAAAAGGCAACGACCAGGUGGCCAUCUCGUCCAAGUUCGAGACGCGCGAGGACACUGCUGUGAUCAGGAACUAUGGCCAGCUGCUGGUGGAGGUGGCCAAGACUGUGCCCGAUGGCAUCGUUUGCUUUUUCACAUCCUAUCUGUACUUGGAGUCGGUUGUGGCCUCGUGGUAUGACCAGGGCAUUGUGGAUACUCUACUCCGCUAUAAGCUGCUGUUCAUCGAGACCCAGGACAAUGCCGAAACAAGCUAUGCGCUCAUGAACUAUGUUAAGGCAUGCGAUUGCGGUCGAGGUGCUGUUCUGCUGGCUGUGGCGCGUGGCAAGGUCUCCGAGGGUGUGGAUUUCGAUCAUCAUUAUGGUCGCGCGGUGCUCAUGUUCGGCAUACCCUACGUUUAUACGCAGUCCCGCAUACUCAAGGCGCGCCUCGACUAUCUGCGGGAUCAGUUUCAAAUACGAGAGAAUGAUUUUCUAACCUUUGAUGCGAUGCGACAUGCGGCCCAAUGUGUGGGUCGGGCGUUGCGUGGAAAAACAGAUUAUGGUAUCAUGAUAUUUGCGGACAAACGCUUCUCACGCCAGGACAAACGGUCGCGUCUGCCGAAAUGGAUACAGGAGCAUUUGGUGGACAGCUUUUGCAAUUUGUCCACUGAGGAGGCGGUGCAAUUGGCACGCCGCUGGCUCAGGCGCAUGGCUCAGCCGUUUUCGAGGGAAGAUCAGCUGGGCAUUUCAUUGUUGACGCUGGAACAGCUGGAGACAAUGGAGCAGGAGAAACUGGAACGGCAGGCGCAGGGCAAGGAAGGUGUGGGCGGUGAGGUGCAGGAGCUGUAAUUAGAGAGUCGCAUGGCGCAAAACCGGCUCUCCAGCUGGCGCCGGCUUCCUUCCGCAAUGUAUUUUCUUUAACCACUGGCCAUGUUUCUGUCUGAAUGAGAAUGAGAAUAAUUAUAAUAAAAAGCGAAUUUGUUGCCAGCUAAUGGCAUUGAAUGCCAUUAAACGGAGCAGCAAAGCACACAAAAAAUGAAA